AUGGCCGAGGGGCAGGGCGCGGCGGCGGGGGGCGACCCCCCGGACAAGGUGAAGCGGCCCAUGAACGCCUUCAUGGUGUGGUCCAGCGGGCAGCGCCGGCGCCUGGCACAGGAGCACCCCAAGAUGCACAACUCGGAGAUCUCCAAGCGCCUGGGGGCCGCCUGGCGCCGCCUGCCCGAGGCCGAGAAACGCCCCUUCGUGGAGGAAGCCAAGCGGCUCCGGGCCCGGCACAUGCGGGACUAUCCUGACUACAAGUACCGACCCCGGCGCAAGGGCCGGGCCCCCGCCAAGGAGCCACCGCCACCGGGGGGCCGCCCGCCCCCCCAGCUGCCUGCCACCCGGGCCUGGGGCUACGGCGAGCCCCUGGGCUACCAGCCGGCCCGCUACCCGCCGUGCCCGGCUGCCGCGGGAUACGGGAACGCAGCUGGAGGGUACAGUGGCCUGUCCUAUGGCCCCCCGAUGCCCUACAAGCAAGACCCUGCCCCCCACCCGCCGGGGGUGCUGCCGCCCGACUUCCGCGACAUGAUGGCUGCCUACGGGCUGCAGGCCUGCGACGUGGGCGAGGGCUUCCCGCCGCUGCCCUACGAGCCCCCCGGGCCGGCACCGCUGACGCCCCUCUAGCCCGUGGCGGGCUGGGACCGAGGGGGGCGGGGACGCUGGGUUUUUAUACGGAAAGAAGAAAAGCCUCGAAGAGGAACAAAGUUUGGGGGAACGCUGGGGGGAGCUCUCUGCGACUCCAGCCCCAGCAGGGGGGGCUGUGGGUGCAGAGUGCAGACUCUUCCCCUCCCCCAGCGCCCCUUCUCCCCCCUCCACUUUAAAAUCACCCCCUUUGUAAACUCUUCGCUGGCAGCCAUCCCCCCCAAAUCCAUUCCCCUAGCACUGGAGCUGGAAAGGGGGGAGGGAGUGGUGGGGGGCCUGGAAA